GGUUGAAACUUCCUGACCUACGUAGGAGACCCCGCCUUCUCUCCGGCAGAGGACAGAUUGAACAUGGCGGCCUCCGUGAGAUGCUUUCUCCGCUCAGGAAAGAAUGCCGUGUCGGCUCUAGGACCGCGGGGAUUUCACAAGAGCGCUCCGGCCGCUGCGCAGAUGAUGGUCCGUGAUGCCUUGAACCAGGCAAUGGACGAGGAGCUGGAGAGGGACGAGCGGGUGUUCCUGUUGGGCGAGGAGGUGGCCCAGUACGACGGAGCCUACAAGGUGAGCAGGGGUCUGUGGAAGAAGUACGGAGACAAACGCAUCAUCGACACUCCGAUCACAGAGAUGGGCUUUACCGGCAUCGCAGUGGGAGCCGCCAUGGCCGGCCUGAGACCCAUCUGUGAGUUCAUGACCUGGAACUUCUCCAUGCAAGCCAUCGACCAGGUCAUCAACUCUGCAGCAAAGACCUGCUACAUGUCCGCCGGUCUGCAGUCGGUGCCCAUCGUCUUCAGAGGCCCCAACGGCGCGUCGGCAGGCGUCGCCGCUCAGCACUCGCAGUGCUUCGCUGCGUGGUACGGUCACUGUCCAGGUCUGAAGGUUGUGAGUCCCUGGAGCGCAGAAGAUGCCAAAGGUCUCCUGAAAGCCGCCAUCAGAGACGAGAACCCCGUGGUGUUCCUGGAGAACGAGCUGAUGUACGGUGUUCCCUUCGAGAUGUCAGAGGAGUCUCAGUCCAAAGACUUCACCAUUCCCAUCGGAAAGGCCAAGGUUGAGAGACAAGGGACUCAUGUCACUUUGGUCACUCACUCUCGGUACGUCAGUCACUGCCUGGAUGCCGCCGUCGUCCUCGCCAAGGAGGGGAUCGAGUGUGAGGUGAUCAACCUGCGGACCAUCCGUCCCUUGGAUGUGGAGUGCAUUGAGACCAGCGUGAUGAAGACCAACCACCUGGUGACAGUGGAGGGCGGCUGGCCUCAGUUUGGUGUUGGAGCUGAGAUCUGCGCCAGGGUCAUGGAAGGUCCUGCCUUUAACUACCUGGACGCCCCGGCCACCAGGGUGACGGGCGUCGACAUCCCCAUGCCGUACGCCAAAAUCCUGGAGGACAACAGCCUGCCGCAGAUCAAAGACAUCAUCUUCUCCAUCAAAAGAACCCUCAAUGUCUGAAACGCACACUCACCCACUUGAAUCCUCUUUGUCUUGACGGUGGAAACAUCGUCUGGUAAAACAGUUGAACCGUGUGUAAAUACAGCCGAACGGUAACUUUAAAAAGAAAAUAAAAAAACUCCAGAUUGUAAUGUUAUUCGCCAGAUGUUGGUCAAUGAAGCGCACAGCUGUUUAUCUGCACCCAGAGCGGUGAACACGCAGGGUUCAGUCAAGUCGUUGCCCCUCUAGUAGUCGACAAUAAGCUUGGGUGAACUCUCUCUGUGUGUGUGUGUGUGUGUGUGUGUGCGUAGCUCUGGCGGCUCUCGCUCCACUUCCUCCCCCUUCAAAAUAAAAGUCCCUCUAUCCUGUAGGCUUUUCUGUUUAUCUGGGUAACAACAAAACUCCUGAGUUUGUUCCUGCAUGUUCUCAAAUUUAGACUUGCAGACUGUUUAAAAUGUGUUUUUUACUCACCAGUAGUUUUGUUGUUAAUAAACUCCCAUAUAUUUCUGACCACCAGAACACAUUAUACUCAGUCUAUUAACUAGUGAAGAGGAAUGUACCAGCCCGAGUGCUGGAGGUGGAUUAUUGUUGGAAUAUAUAUUGUAGCUGCAGCAGCUCUGCCGUUUUUGUUGCUGUAAAUUACUCUGUUACAGAAAUAAAAACAUUUCACUCCCUU